CUACUCUGUGUGUCACACCGUCGAAGCUCAAGCUCCUCUUCUUCCUCCUCCGAUCUCCACCUUUGGAAAGUACAGAGAUCCAAAUUCUCAUUGUCCAAUACUUUCUUUAUACCCUUUUAUUAGUCAUGAUCAUGGGAGGAGGGAAUGGGCAGAAAUCCAUGAUGGCGCUUCAGAAGCACAUGGAGAAGCAGAAAACUGUAAAGGGAAGCCAGCUUGAGUCCAACAAGAAGGCCAUGUCCAUCCAGGUAGUCUCUUUGCAUGCUCUGGCUUCACUUCCAAAUAUUAUGUCUAAGAGUUUAGUGGUUUCUGUGGCUGAUCUGUUGUUUUAUGGUUGCUUUUCUUCCUGUUUCUGGAUGGAAUUGCAGUGGAUGUCAUCUUCCUAUGUAAGGAGUAACGACUGAGAAAGUAGUCUUUCUGGGUUUUGUAUUUCAAGUGUUAAUUCUGUGCUGUAAGUUAUAAAAUUGUAGAGGUGUAUUUCUUGUGGAGCUCAAUGGGGUAAACUUGAUGGUCGAUGGAAUUAGUUACAGCUUAAUUAGUUUCUUAAUUUAAGCCUAUUUUAUUAUCAAUGUGGAAAGAUAUGGUCAGUAAUCCACUAUCAAUGCCCAAAACUAGGACAUCCAUCCAGUUGCAAGUGCAAGAAUACCAUUUCCAUCCAGCUUCUUAGGGUACUUUUUUGAAAUACCAUUUCUUUUUCUUUACUAAUUAAAAAUGAACAUAGGCUCAGGUGCAUUUUUUCUUCACUUCCAUCUUUUGUGUUGAGAUAGUGGUCCAAUUAAUUUUUGAUUGCACAACUUCAUUGUUUCUUGUGGUUUGUUUUUUGCUACUGUUUAUUUGUUGUUCAUACGAUGAAAAUUAUGUGAACUCCAGCUUUUAGAUGAUGGCUCUUUUCUAUUUGUGUUUUCUUUGUCAUUUCUUGUGUUAAUAUUGUUAAACAAAUCAUAGGAAUUCUAUUUUACAAAGGUUGUGGGCCUGACAUUGUGGUUGUUAAUCUCAUUGUUUUUGGCCUUAACAUGGGUUCCUCUGUCCUCGCAUGUGGUGGCUCUUGUUCUAGUGCAACGUGUGCAUGCAAAACAUUCAUCUGUACCACAACAGAGAUGUAGUGUCGAGAGCAUGCUGAAGCAAAGCAUCCCAAAUCCGAUCUUUACACAUGUUUUCCGCAGCUUAAAGAAUGACAAUCAAAGUGCAGUUGAGACUGCUUGUAAUAUGUCCUUACCAUGUGCUCUUGAGCUCUAUGAUUAGCUGCUCAAUGUCUGUUUCAGAAGCCCGUGUGCCAAAAACUGGGUUGAUGAAUAUAAUUGUUAUGGACAUACAUCGUGGUGAUUUAUGGUUGUUGCUCUCCAAUUAAACCUCUUCUAGUUAU